AUGCCGGAAGUCAAGCAGAGGUCUGGCCUCAUCCGCGGCCUGAACGCCGGCCACAAGGUCACCCCCCACCAGCCCAAGACCAAGAUCUCGAGGACCAAGGGCCACCUCAGCAAGCGUACUGCUUUCGUCAGGGACGUUGUCAAGGAGGUUUCCGGUCUCGCCCCGUACGAGCGUCGCGUCAUCGAACUUCUCCGCAACAGCAAGGACAAGCGCGCCAGGAAGCUCGCCAAGAAGAGGCUCGGUACCUUCGGCCGUGCCAAGAGAAAGGUCGAUGAGAUGACCAAGGUCAUUGCCGAAGCCAGGAGGGCAGGCCACUAA